AUGUCUCUCGAUCUCAAUACCCUUCCCAUCAUUUUCCUCGCGAGUACCUUAGGUCGGAGCGAUUUGGAAGAUGUCGCCUCAGAGCUCGGCUAUCCUUUCAAUCUUGAACGGAUAAGUGGCGACGGAAUAGUUCGCGGUUCGUUCUAUACUUUCCAGCGUAAAAUGGAACAGUUCGUCGAACACAAAGUUGGAAAACCUAUCGACUCCGAGGACAUUACUCGUUGCUUCGGAGAGGGCGAAGACCCAGUAUCGGCCAUUAUCUACAAUUGCCUCACUAGAAAACAGAGAGUACCCGUGGACGCCUUUUUACGCGCCAUGGAAGAGGAAAUUAAGCAGACGCACAAGGACUACCCUGACUGUAACAGCAUCAUCCUAGAAGGAUUUCCAUCUCCUAAAUACGUAGACUCUAUAGAGCUUGCAGAAAAACUUAUCAGAAUGAACCUUCCCGAGGGAAGUUAUUUCUUUAUGGUUUAUGCCCCCAAUCAUGAAGGCUAUAAGAAUUUUUACGAGAACAUCAGACCCGUGUUAUCGGCAACAUACGGCAUGACUAAGGACCUUAACUAUAGUCCCGGUACCCAACUCGACGAAAUCUGCAGCGAAGCUAUCCAGACGCUUACAAUGACACCGGAGUGGAUUGGUGUUGUGGACCACGAAAAAGCAAGUUUCCGAACUCACGUACCCAUCUGA